UGUCCUAUAGCCUCCACCAAAAAAAAUAGACAAAAAAUUGUAAUUUUGUUUUUGUAUUUUCAUAUUUAUUGCGGAAUUUCUACCCUAGCACAGGACGACAAAAUGCCAGAGGAGUCGACAAACAAACGUGUUAAAGCAGAGGAUAAGGCUGUCACAAAUUUUCGAGAGUAUUUGAGGAUAAAAACUGUUCACCCAGAACCUGAUUAUGAUGGAGCUAUAGCUUUCUUACAAAGGCAAGCUGAUGAAAUUGGUUUAUCAUUCAGUACUGUUGAGGUGCACCCUGGGAAAAAGGUGGUGAUUAUAACAUGGGAAGGGGAAGAUCCUACAUUACCCACAAUCCUCCUGAACUCUCACACAGACGUUGUACCAGUAUAUCCUGAAGAGUGGAAAGUAGACCCAUUUAGUGCUGAUAAGAUGGAAAAUGGUGACAUUUAUGCCAGAGGCACACAGGACAUGAAAAGUGUUGGAAUACAGUAUUUAGAAGCAGUCAGAAAGUUGAAGAAAGCAGGACAAAAAUUUAGACGAACAAUUCAUCUGACAUUUGUGCCAGAUGAAGAGACCGGUGGAAUUUUGGGUAUGAAAUUAUUUUUAAAGCGUGAGGAGUUCAAGAAGAUGAAUAUUGGUUUUGCGUUAGAUGAAGGGCUAGCUAAUCCUAAAGAUGCUUUCACAGUUUUCUAUGGCGAACGAAAUCCCUGGUGGGUUCUUGUUAAAUGCCAUGGUAACCCAGGUCAUGGGUCAAGAUUUAUAGAGAAUACAGCAGCAGAAAAACUGAGAAGAGUGAUCAAUAAAUUCCUGGAUUUUCGAGGCAUGGAAGAAAAAAAGUUAAAAAGUUCCGGCUGUCUCACAUUAGGGGAAGUAACUACUAUCAAUUUAACCAUGCUAGAGGGAGGUGUACAGUUUAAUGUAGUACCAAAUGAAAUGAAAGUAGGGUUUGAUAUUCGCAUUGCUCCUACAGUAGAUCUUGUAGAAUUUGAGGAGAAAAUAAAAACUUGGUGUGAGGAGGCUGGGGAAGAUGUCACUUACAGUUUCAUUCAGAAAUGUGAUGAUCAAACAUUGACUAGUACAGACAAGUCAGAUCCUUGGUGGAACGCCUUUUCUACUGCAUGUGAAUCUCUGGGUAUGGUACUCGAGAAGGAGAUUUUCCCUGCUGGUACAGAUAGUAGGUUUCUAAGGGAGGCUGGUUAUCCCGCUUUAGGAUUUUCUCCGAUGAACAACACACCGAUAUUGUUACACGAUCAUAACGAGUUCCUUAAUGAAGAUGUUUUCCUGAAGGGGAUAGAUAUAUACUGUCAGAUUAUCCCAGCACUGGCUAAUGUUAAAUAAACUAUCAAGUGUCAUAUACAAACAUAUAUACAGCGCCAUCUUUAAUUACCUUUAUAUCUCUUAAUAUAUAGAUUUUACUUGAUGUGCAAAAUAUUCAUCCAUUUAAAACAAUAUCUAUAAAUGAGUAUAAUAAGAUCAAAAUAUAAGAAAUUUAUAAAGUCAUUAUGUGGUGUGUCUGGAAUGAUCAUUUUAUUCAUUAGACUUUAUCGUUCAACAAGAACAUUCAAUAUACCAUACACUUGCAACCUGGAAAGUCUUGAAACAAAACCACAAUGAUAUUUGCAAUAAUUUUAAUAUUUACAAUGUCAAAGGCUUAUUUUUACCAAAGAGAAAGGAACCAGUUAUUCAUCAGAAGUUACAUAAGCUAUGGAGAAUUUAAUUGUAUAAUUUUUUACUAUGAAUAGAUUGAUAUUAUUUCUUUGAUUUUCUGAUAAUUUCUUGACUUAUUUAUGUUGCAGUCAGUUAUAGUACACUAAUGCAAUAAAUAUGUUAAAAAAUAAAUAAAUAGAUAAAAUAUAUGUGUAUGAAGGUCCCCCUCAUACAGUAUAUCAUUGUGAUAACGACUUGAUCAACAGAUAUAUAUUAUGGUAUAUGAACCACAAAGCAAGUUUCCAGUUGGUGUAAAGGUAUUAUUAGAUGGCUCUGUAUGUUCAACAAACUUUUAACCAGAAAUUGUUACGUUUGGGGUCUUGAAAUCCAUUGUUUAAUUGAGAUCUUAUUGUUAAAAUGCUUAGCAUGCUUGCAUGGAGUUAAACUAAAUCAUUCAAAAGAGUUUCAUGUACAGUGUUGAUAAAUUUCUCCAAAGGAGUUCCAUGUACAUCAUAGAUAAAUCACUCCCAGGGUCUUUUAUGUUCAUAGUAGAUAAAUUUCUCCAAGGGAGUUUCAUGUACAUUGUAGAGAAAUCAUUAACAGGGAGUUUCAUGUACAGUUUAGAUAAAUUUCUCCAAGGGAGUUCCAUGUACAAUGUAGAGAAAUCAUUAACAGGGAGUUUCAUGUACAGUUUAGAUAAAUUUCUCCAAAGGAGUUUCAUGUACAUUGUAGAGAAAUCAUUAACAGGGAGUUUCAUGUACAGUUUAGAUAAAUUUCUCCAAGGGAGUUUCAUGUACAUUGUAGAGAAAUCAUUAACAGGGAGUUUCAUGUACAGUUAAGAUAAAUUUCUCCAUGGGAGUUUCAUGUACAUUGUAGAGAAAUCAUUAGGAGAGAGUUUCAUGUACAGUUAAGAUAAAUUUCUCCAAGGGAGAUUCAUGUACAUUGUAGACAAAUUACUAACAGAGAGUUUCAUGUACAUGUCAAGUGUAGAUACAUAACUCCCUGGGAGUUUCAUGUACAUUGUAUAUCAUAUCAUUGAUAUAACAUGUUUGUCUCAGAUCCAAGUCAUUGAGAAGACUGGAGAUAAUAGAUAACUACUUUAGUUCUGUUUUAGUGCUGCAAUUUUUUCAUAUAAAUAUAAUCCAACAGAAAAGUGCCUUACAACAUUGUUUUGAAUGUUGAAGUAUAAAUAUGUUCAACUUUAUUAAGAUGCCAAAAUAAAUGCUAGUCUAUAAUACGAAUAUAUCUAUGCAGAAUCUGUCAUGUUUAUAUUUGUGUAGGAUUGUUUUUGCUCCAUGUUUUAGUGGAGUUUAUAGCUUUUAUUAUGGCUUUUGGUCUGUUAUAUACACUUAGGUGUUGAUAUUUCACAAGUAAGUCUUCAUUUAUUGCCCAGAUAUCAUAAUGAACGCUUUUAUGAAAUAAUUUUGGGUGGGGUUGCAUGGGUCAAAUUUAAGGUCACUGUGGCUAAAAAUAGAAUUUUCUAUUUCUUCUUGGGAGACUACUUUUUUACCUUUGUUUAAGUUACAUACAUGUUGGGGAGCAUCUACUGGAGCCACUCACUCUUGUUAGAUAGACCAUGUACAUUAACAAAUAUUUUCUAGCUGCACUUUCUUUUUUUUAUGAAAACUUGAUUAAGAUAAUUAAUUAUCUAUUCAGAGAUACUGUUAUGUUAUUCUAGUCCAAUUAUUUUAACAUAAACAGAAGUGUGAUACAGAAAUAAGCAAUUAAAUGUUGUUGUUGUUGCUGGAACAAUGUAUUUUAAGAGGUAAAUGAAAAAAAAAUAGUUUUAAAAUAUAUUUAUUUGUAAAUGAUUGUUUAUAGCUAUACUUUUUCUUCUUAUAUCUGUGUAAGAUUGUAUAAUUUGAAAAAGAAUAUAUCUGGAUAAUGAAGAAUAUGAUAGUAAAUAAAAAUUUCUUAAAGAUGUUGUACAACAAGUGAUAAAUUUGCUAGAAUUGUUUACAGUAUCUCGUGUUUUUAACCUUUACAAGUUACAAUGCUGUACAUAUUAGUGCUUUUUUAUAUUUUUUUCAAAUUCUUAUAUAAAAUGUAGAAGAUUAACUUCUAUGUAGAAGACGUAUAUACCAUAUAGACUUACCAGUUAUAUACCAUGUAGAAAAUUAACUUGAUAGUUAUAUACCACUUUAUAAUUCUGCACAUUUGUCACUUUUCAUUGGAUAAUCGUGACAUUUAUAUAGUUUUAUAUACAUAACUGCUGUCAAUUUUCUUAGAAAUCUCGCUUUUUGUCUAGAAAAAGGAAGUUGCUGUAUUAUAAAUUUGUUAUAACAUUCCUGACAGGUUAUAUGAACUGGUUGUUUGCAAUAUAACCAUCGCCUGGAGGCUCAGAUAAUAUUUCCUAACAGCCAUUUAUUUAGGGCCAUAUAACCUGUCAAAAAUUCUUAUAAUUAAUAUAGUAAAUAAAUCCACCAGUUAUAUACCAUGAAGAAGAUAAGGUCACUAGUUAUAUACCAUGUAGGAGAUUAACUCACCAAUUAUAUACCACAUAGUAAGUAAAUCCACCAAUUAUAUGCCAUGUAGAUUAAGUCUCCAGUUAUAUACCACUUAUGUAAAAUAAUCCACCAGUUAUAUACCAAUAACAUGUAGAUAAGCAAUUAUAUAUCAUGGAAAAGAUUAUCACCAGUUAUAUACCAUGCAGAAGAUUGUCACCAGUUAUAUACCAUGUAGGUGAUUAAAUAAGCAAUUAUAUACCAUGUAGAAGAUUAAAUAACCAGUUAUAUACCAUGUAGAAGAUAAGGUCACCAGUUAUAUACCAUGAAGGAGAUUAACUCACCAAUUAUAUACCACAUAGUAAGUAAAUCCACCAAUUAUAUGCCAUGUAGAUUAAGUCUCCAGUUAUAUACCACUUAUGUAAAAUAAUCCACCAGUUAUAUACCAAUAACAUGUAGAUAAGCAAUAAUAUAUCAUGCAGAAGAUUGUCACCAGUUAUAUACCAUGUAGAAGAUUAAAUAAGCAAUUAUAUACCAUGUAGAAGAUUAAGUCACCAGUUAUAUACCAUGUAGAAGAUUAAAUAAGCAAUUAUAUACCAUGUAGAAGAUUAAGUCACCAGUUAUAUACAUUUGUACCAUAUAGAAGAUUAAAUAACCAGUUAUAUACCAUGUAGAAGAUCAAAUAACCAGUUAUAUACCAUGUAGAAGAUCAAAUAACCAGUUAUAUACCAUGUAGAAGAUUAAAUAAGCAAUUAUUUUCCAAAUAGAAGAUUAAAUAAGCAAAUAUAUACCAAGUAGAAGAUUAAGUCAAUAGUUAUAUACCAUGUAGAAAAUUAAUCCACCAGUUUUAUUGUAAUAUUAAGAGAAAUAGCCAUAUAAUUUUAGAUAUUUGUUUUUGAAGUAUAGAAUUAGUUAUAAUUGUGAUCUCAGUGGGUUUUUUUUACUUUUGUUAAUUGAUAAUACGGUGAUUGGCUUUGUUAUCAAUUUUGUGAUUUUAUCUUGAUUGUUGAAGGGAUGUUUUUAAUGAAAAUAGAAAAAUACAUGAUUUUGAAAUUAAA